AUGAAGGUUACCCAAAUUUUACUAAGCACUGUGAAGAAGACAACAACCGGUAUCUUCGGGCUUGCAGUACACCCAAACCCACGCCCGCACCUAAUAAAAACAUAUAAUGAAACGCUACAAGUUCUCGCACGACUUCCCGAGCAUGCCGUCUACCGUCAGUCUGCGGAAGCGUUAACGCAACACCGACUGUCAAUUGCCGAAGCCACCGAGGACAUUAACGAAAUCGAGAAAGGUAUUGGUGCGGGACAGAUUGAAGAAGUGAUUUUGCAGGCGGAAGAUGAGAAACAGUUGGCUGCUAAAAUGGAAGAGUGGAAGCCAUGGGAGCCACUUGAAGAACCACCACCCGCUGGACAAUGGAAUUAUGACAUGUUUAAAGAGUGA